AUGCAAGUGGAGUUAGAUUUGGAGACCGAGCUUAAAGUCCUCUCCAUGGCAGGAACCCUGACACCAGAGCAGAUAACUGAAUAUAAGGGCAUCUUUGAGAUGUUUGAUGAAGAAGGGAAUGGCUUGGUGAAGACAGACGAACUGGAGAGCCUCAUGAGUUUGAUUGGCAUUAACCCCACCAAGCGAGAACUGGUCACGAUGGCCAAGGAUGUCGACAAAGAGAAUAAAGGUACCUUCAACUGUGACGGGUUUUUGGUGUUGAUGGGAAUUUACCAUGAGAAGGCAAAAAACCAGGACGAAGAACUCAGAGCAGCCUUUAAAGUCUUUGAUAAAGAACAUAAGGGCUACAUUGAGUGGGACACACUCAAGUACGUAUUGAUGAAUGCCGGAGAACCACUGAACGAACAGGAAGCCGAACUCAUGAUGAAAGAAGCAGACAAGGAUGGGGAUGGGACCAUUGAUUACGAAGAAUUUGUGGCCAUGAUGACAGGCGAAUCCUUCAAACUGACCCAGUAAGGCCUUCAAGAAACUUUUCAGUUCAUCUCUCCUGUUUGCUUUCUCUUCCUUCGAUGAUGCCAGGAUGCCAAACAGGUAACCACCGUGAUAGAACCUGGACAUCAAACAGCACACAAAAUCACAGCCUUGGUGACAUCAAGAGUUCUUAAACUGAGAGAGACAUGAAACAAAUCUUUCUUCUUGACCUGAGUCUACAUGACUCUAGCCACAUUUGGGACAAGCCAGAAUUGGACAGUUCACCCUUGUUGAGGAGUCUGAUCAAUAAAACUUGUGUCAAAUUUA